UUUCUUCAAAUUUGGUCAAUGGGUUUUCUCCCUCGAUAUCAUAAGUCAUUCUUCAUGAUUCUUCGGCGCAAAUUGCACCAUAGUCGUGCCAAUGUUAAAGGGCAUCGGUUUUAAUGUAAAUCCAUGUAAUAAAGGACUCGUAAAAGCGUGGGGCCUCGGCGAGGGUAACGUGUAAAGUUGUGUAAACCGUAAAGUAAGAGGCGUCGUCCCAAUAUCAGUGCGUACUUCGGCCAUCAUGCCUCCUUCCAGUCAGUCAGUUCCAUCCAUUACCUUCUUGUGGAUGUUAUACCGUUGUUGGUAAGAUGUGACAUUUCCGAAAUGGUCUCGAACCAAAUUGAUCUCGCCCUUUGGACGAUGUAGCUUCCACAGCGUCAAUUAUGGAUGGAUUCCUCGACGAGCAGACCCUGCAAGCUGUUCUCGGGCGUAGUGAUUUUGUGGGUGGGAUUGAUAACGAAGCACUCGAUUUUAGCCAGUUAGAAGAUUUUAUCAAUGAUGAAACAGAUCAGUCUAAUUCCUACUUUGGAGAAUCGUUGUGCGCAGACAGGACCCCUAGGACUCUCACCAUCGUCGGCCACAUUUCAACGAAUCCCCCCAUCGAUGCGCAGCAUUACACACAACCGCACAAUUUACCUGAAAGCCCACCUGAUUCGGGAUCGGAGCCUCCUUAUUCACCUCAGGAGGCGACAAAACCGCAUUCACCGCGUAACCAAGGGAAAGUCGGAGCCGUCGAAGAGCUUCUCCUCACGCAGGGAAGCGUAUACGGCAAACUCCUCGCCCCGACUGAACUCCACCCUACUGUUUUAAGCCAUACUCCUAUUCACGAACCGCUAUCUCCUCUCUCAGGCAGCACACUCAUAACAACAGCCGCACCACAGACUGAUGACACUGCAAUCACAGCUGUUUACACAGCGCUGAAAAAGAGAAAGUUAAGUCAAGACAACACAAAUGUUAAGCAGGAACAACCUGGUAAACUUAGUUUUAUUAUUUAUUGUAUAAUUCAGCGUAUUAAUUUUUUUUCUUGUCGUCAUGCAGAAUUGGUUGUUGAAGAUGACGUGUCCUAUCAAGAUGGAGGGACGGAGAACGGAAUGUACCUCGACUCGAGUAGCUUCCAGUGUAUCAGAUUCCAGCCAUUCCAGCAAACCUCCUGGCACACUCUUUGUGAUCACAACCUCAAGGAACUGCCUUCACCACACUACAGAGUUGAUGCCGACAAAGGGUUCAACUUUUCGAACACCGACGAUGCUUUCGUUUGUCAAAAGAAAAACCACUUUCAGAUAACAUGCCACACCCAGCUCAUAGGGGAUCCGCAUUUUGUCAAAACGCCUGAAGGCCUACGUAAAAUUGACAACUUUUAUUUACACUUUUACGGUGUCAAAGUUGAAUCGCCGUCGCAGACGAUUAAAGUUGAACAGUCGCAGAGUGACAGGAGUAAAAAGGCUUUUCAUCCUGUUAUGCUUGAUCUCAAAAAUGAAGAAGUUUCAAAAGUGACGGUCGGCAGGCUUCACUUUAGUGAGACAACAUCAAAUAACAUGAGGAAAAAAGGGAAGCCCAAUCCCGACCAAAGAUAUUUUUACUUAGUCGUCGGACUGCAUGCCCACUGUACCGAUUCGUCGCAUUAUCAGAUCGCAUCCCACGCUUCCGAGAGGAUUAUUGUCAGAGCCUCAAACCCAGGACAGUUUGAGAACGACGGAGAAGCCGUGUGGCAACGGGGAGUGACCGGCGAUUCGGUGUUCCAUUGUGGCAGAGUCGGGAUUAAUACAGAAAGGCCUGAUGAGGCGCUGGUUGUCCAUGGCAACAUCAAACUCACCGGGCACAUUGUCCAGCCUAGCGACAUUCGCGCCAAGGCAUAUAUACAGGAGGUCGACAGCAGGCAGCAGCUCAACAACCUGUCCAAAUUGAGAGUAGUCAAAUAUAGAUACAAACCCGAGUUUGAUCAGGACUCAACGACCCAUACAGGUCUAAUCGCCCAAGAGCUGGUCUCUGUCCUGCCUGAUGCCGUUACCGACUCUGGCGACAUGACCCUUCCAUCAGGAAACACCAUAAGCAACUUUCUAGUAAUAGACAAGGAACGAGUCUUCAUGGAAAACAUCGGUGCUGUUAAAGAACUCGCCAAAGUCACGCAUAACUUGCAAACGAGAUUACAAGAACUUGAAAGAGUAACUCAAUACAAUAUGCCCAUGAAGAAAAAGAAGCAUUCAAAAAAGAAGAUUUUAGAAGAGGAGACUUGUUCGGAUACCAUGAUCCAAAGCACAAUAUACAUGCUGAUCAUAAUCAUGGCUUUAUGCUUAAUAUCAAUGGCUGGCUUGUAUUUCUUUGAAGUACACAAAAGAGUCCCGAUGGAACAACUUAUAACGGACAGAAAUGAAAUCGUAGCACUCAACGCUCUACCCAACGGAUCCAAAUUCAGGAUGAAACCCUCUGUGCAAACGUACCUCCCUUCAAUCAAGGACAAGAUGAUUUAUACGUACAACGGCCCACCGAUCGUCGGCUCUCCCUCGCACUGCGACGGACCGCAAAGCUGCCAGAUAUUUUGUUGCAAUUCGCCGUCCAAGAAAAUUAAUUCUAUUCAAGAUAUUCUCUUCGAUCAAGGCAGCAAUUUACUGGAAGAUCAAGAAAGUCCUGCUAUUGUUGCAGACCAACAGAAAUCAUUGUGGAUAGAAUCUGCAGGAAUGCGAAAAUCUAAACGUGUUCCACUACACUCCGUUUUUGGAUCGAGGAUGGUAAUGGUCGAGGGUACAGGAUUCAAUACAACACUAGGCCCUAAAAAUUGCGACCCGACGCAUUCCCAGUAUCUGCAGUGCAAACAUUACACGGCGAACAAUUACUCUUAUAUAGUGCCUAUAAGUAGAUUCCUGAACGACCCCGUGCUCAAAAUCCAUUUCAGGGUGGAAGGAGUCGGUGAUGAGACGGUCGUCUGGUGCGGCGGUACAGAACAAGGCUGUCCGACUUCAAAACCAAACGUGAAGGAAUUCCCUUCCCUCCCAAGCAACACAUUCCAAGUCGACAUUGAACACCUGAACCAAGCGCACAGAGUGUACAGAAUGGCUCCGAACCACAUGGACAUCAGUUUUAAGGAGAUAUGUAACUGGGACAGUGCUGGUCUUGGGACGAUUUUCAUCGAGUUCAACCUCCGCAUGUAUAGAGAUUGUUCCUUACCAAAUUGAAAGUCAAUUUUUUCAUCCUAAUUAUUUGUUUGUAUUUUGAUUUUGAUUUUUUUCUCUGUCUUUACCAUCUUACGUAUACAAAAUAGGGGUGCCAUUUUCUUUUUCUAGUUUUGACUGAUAGAGCGUCAAAAGAGGAAAUUGAUUUUUUGAAAAUAUCUUUGAAGUUUGUUAAUAGGUAAGUUAAAUACUUUGUGAUCAAAAUGGAAGGUACUGCUCUAUUAUUAUGUACAUUAUAAAUAGACUACAAAAAUAAAAAGUUAAAAUCAUAGUAAGAAUCUCAAUAAUAUAAAUUUGCCAUAUGAUAUGUUUAUUAGUUUAUGAUUUUUUUUCCUUGUUAUAUAAAGCUUUGUGAAUAUUUACAUUCCUAUGUUUUAAUGUUAAUUAUUGGUGGACAAUUAUUUUUAUACUAAUUUUAUUACCUGAAAUGUAUCAUAAAUGUGUUGUUUUUGUGGUUUGCGUUAUGUGUUAUUUUAAAGAUGAACUAUUCUUAAUUUGUACAAAUGUAUAACUUUUUUUGUUCUUUUUUUGUCGUCCUUUUACCAUUUACAUUCCUAUCACUUUGUACCUACUCUAAGUCUAGUUGUUUAGCAUGUAAUAUUGUAUUGUUAUAUGUAUAAAUAUAAAUUAAAUUCAUGACAAUGUAUCUAUAUGUUAUUAUAAAACAUAUCAAUUAUAAUUUUAGCCGUUAGUUCCAUUUUUAAUUCGUAUUUACAAUAAAUUAUUGUAAUAGUUCAUAAGCACAUAGUUUGAUUAAUAUAUUCUGGGUGUGGAGGUCACAAGCAAAUAACUUUAGCCUCUUAUAAGUGUUUAUGAAUGGUAAAUAUAUAGAUAGAAUAUUAAAUU